CGACAGAACCGACAGAUCAACAGCCGGAACACUACUUCUUCCUCUUCUUUACUUUACACUCUCCUUCUUCCUCUCUGUCACCAUUCGCGCCUCUCUCACCUUCCUUUGCAUAUCCACUUGAUUGAGAAAUUGGAUUCAAAUAACGAUUGACGAUGUCGAAACUACGAUAUGAUGGUCAGGUAGUCGUCGUAACAGGAGCUGGGGGCGGUUUAGGCCGCGAGUACUGUCUAUACUUUGCUUCGAGGGGAGCCAGUGUGGUUGUCAAUGAUCUAGGAGGGUCUUUCAAGGGUGAGGGGAAAUCUACAAAGGCCGCUGAUGUCGUCGUCGACGAGAUCAAAGCUGCGGGUGGCAAAGCAGUAGCCAACUACGACAGCGUCACAGAUGGCGAGAAGAUCAUCGAAACCGCCAUCAAGAACUACGGCCGCAUCGAUGUGCUGAUCAACAACGCCGGUAUCCUACGGGACAUCAGCUUCAAGAACAUGAAGGACCAGGACUGGGAUCUGAUUAUCGCAGUGCAUGUCAAGGGCUCAUACAAGUGUGCCAGGGCUGCGUGGCCGUACUUCAGAAAACAGAAGUAUGGACGGGUUAUCAAUACUGCUUCUGCGGCGGGUCUGUUUGGUAGCUUUGGGCAGUGCAAUUAUUCGGCUGCUAAGCUGGCUAUGGUUGGAUUCACGGAGACGCUAGCGAAGGAGGGUGCAAAAUAUAACAUUCAUGCCAAUGUUAUUGCUCCGAUUGCCGCCUCCCGAAUGACCGAAACUGUUAUGCCACCAGAUAUUCUCGCAAACCUCAAGCCAGACUGGGUUGUUCCUCUUGUUGCGGUUUUGGUACACAAGGAUGCUGAGGAAAAUGGAUCGAUUUUCGAAGUCGGUGGAGGACAUGUUGCCAAGUUACGAUGGGAGCGUUCAAGCGGUCUGCUGUUGAAGGCGGAUGACACAUAUACUCCUGGUGCUAUCCUGAAGAAGUGGGAUCAAGUCAGCGACUUUAAGAAUGCGGAGUAUCCUACUGGGGCUGCGGAUUUCAUGGGUCUGCUUGAGAAAUCGAUGGAGAUGGGCCCCAAUGACAAGGGAGAGACGCUUGAUUUUAAGGGCAAGGUUGCUUUGGUUACCGGUGGUGGUGCUGGUAUUGGCCGCGUCUACUGCCUAGCUUUCGCCAAAUACGGUGCUUCAGUCGUUGUCAACGAUCUAAUGGACCCUGACACUGUUGUUCAAGAAAUCCAAAAGGCCGGCGGUAAGGCCGUUGGAGUUAAGGCUUCAGCUGAAGACGGAGAUGCGGUUGUGAAGGCUGCAAUCGAUGCUUAUGGCCGAAUCGACAUCAUUAUCAACAAUGCUGGUAUUCUCCGAGACAAGGCUUUCACCAACAUGGAUGACAAGAUGUGGGAUCAAGUCAUCGCUGUCCAUCUUAGAGGCACAUAUAAAGUUACAAAAGCCGCUUGGCCAUACAUGCUCAAGCAGAAGUAUGGACGAAUCGUCAACACCACCUCGACCAGCGGUAUUUACGGUAAUUUUGGACAGGCCAACUAUGCUGCAGCCAAAUGCGGUAUCCUUGGUUUCUCUCGUGCACUUGCUCGUGAGGGAGCAAAGUACAACAUAUAUGUCAACACAAUUGCUCCCAACGCUGGUACUGCCAUGACCCGAACAAUUCUUCCCGAGGAAAUGGUCCAAGCCUUCAAGCCAGACUACAUAGCACCACUCGUUGUAGCUCUUUGCUCCGACAAAGUCCCUAAGGACCCUACAGGUGGUCUCUUUGAAGUCGGUAGCGGUUGGGUUGGACGGACACGCUGGCAACGAACCGGAGGUCACGGUUUCCCAGUUGACGUGCAGCUUACUCCUGAAGCAGUCCUGCAGCAAUGGAAGAAAAUCACGGAUUUCAACGACGGACGAGCGGACAACCCGCAAGACGGCCAGGAUGGCCUGAAGAGCAUUAUGGCGAACAUGAACAACAAAAAGGGUGGUGCGAGUAAGAAGAGUGAACCAGCUGGUGAAGUGAACGAGGAGAUUCUCGCCAACAUCGAGAAAGCCAAGAAAGCGGAAGCCAAUGGCACACCCUUCAAAUACGAAGAGAGAGAUGUCAUUCUUUACAACCUCGGAAUUGGUGCAAAGAAGACUGAUUUGCCUUACGUCUUUGAAGGAAACGAAAGUUUCCAAGCCCUCCCAACAUUCGGCGUCAUCCCCUUCUUCUCCGCCGAAACACCGUACAACAUCGCAGACCUGGUACCAAAUUUCAGUCCCAUGAUGCUCCUGCACGGCGAGCAAUACCUUGAGAUCCUCUCGUAUCCCAUCCCCACCUCGGGAACGCUCGUCUCGUACGCCAAGCUCCUGGAAGUCGUUGACAAGGGAAAUGCCGCGAUUGUAAAGAGUGGAAUCACGACCGUGAACAAGGAGACGGGCAAACCGCUUUUCUACAAUGAGAGCACAGUCUUCAUUAGAGGAAGUGGUGGAUUUGGAGGUGUCAAGAAACCACUUGAUCGCGGCGCUUCCACUGCAGCUAACAAGCCGCCCUCCCGUCCCGCAGACUUCAUCACAGAAGAGAAAACCACCGAAGAGCAAGCUGUCCUCUACCGCUUAUCAGGCGACUAUAACCCCCUUCACGUCGACCCCGCAUUCGCUAAAAUGGGCGGCUUCAAAGUCCCGAUUCUGCAUGGACUGUGCUUCUUCGGUAUUGCGGGUAAGGCGGUGUACCAGAAGUACGGACCGUAUAAGAACAUCAAGGUACGGUUUGCGGGCACGGUGUUGCCUGGGCAGACGCUGGUGACGGAGUGUUGGAAGGAGGGGAAUAAGGUUGUUUUCCAGAGUAAGGUUAAGGAGACGGGGAAGUUGGCUAUUGCUGCUGCGGCGUGCGAGUUGGUUGGGGAAGGAGGGGCGAAGUUGUGAAUUAAUGAACAGAUGAUGAGGGAAGGGGGAAGGAGAGGAAGGAUUUGUAUUUUAGAUUUUCCUUUCUUGUUAGGCAGUGUAAUGGGAAUGAGAACGAGCUUGAGGAAUGAAAAGCAUUUUAGAAUUGGAAGACGUGUGAGGAUAUCUCGCUUUGGUUGGGAUUUGUGACUGAGGUGUUGGGACGGUGGAUUUUUAUAAUGAAUGAGGAAGUUGCUCUCUCAUUGAGGACGUCCGUGGUCAUCCCCUCUGUGGCAUCGUGGACCUGAUGCUUUAAAUAUCGGUAUUAAACCCAAACUCCC